AUGGCCGCUACCGUGGAUUUCACUCACGGAUCAAACAUAAUUCUUACGCCAACCACACCUUGUAAAAGCCCCGCCACACCACUCCUAUUUACCCCCUCUCGAUCUUCACCCUUAUCCACACGCCCCCAAAAUACUAUCAGUGGGAUGUUUAAUCCCAAGAUGCUCCCAUCGCCGCCCUCAUCCCCGGAUUUUCUCGCACCAAAACGGCUCUUUAAGCCGGUACCUAUAUUCGUCUCCCGCGAGAAAGGACGUGAGACGCGGCGUGAUUUGUUUCUGAAGAAAGUCAGAAGAGGGCGCGAGGAUAAGAUCAUGAAAUCAAGGGGCGGAGAAGAUGAGAUGAUGCGAUUGAUAUUUGUGUCUGAACAGAAGAGGUGGGAAGCGACACAAGCUAGAGCUGCUGCAACGAUAUCAACAAUAUACGAGGAGGAGGAGUUUGAAGUUGAGGAGACACAAGAUUAUGAUCUCCCAUAUCACGCUUCCGGUAUCGAUGAGGAUGAUGAUUUCGACCAGCUCAUUGAGCGUGAGGGCGAAGAACUCGAGGAUAUGCUUUCUCAGUUGGAUCUAGACUUUGACCAUGCCGUUGUUGACGAUUCCAUUAAAGUGCAGGAUCGAGUUAACGUAACAUUGUCAUCCUCUGUUACUUGA